UUUGUUGUCUAUGCUAAGUUAAUACAACUGCAGAUAUGAAUUUUUGUGUUCUCAUUGCAUGUUUUAUUUGGAAUGGAAAUCUUGUUCUAAGCAAUAAACAAGAGAUAAUUGAAGAUCUAAAAAACAUUAUCUACAAAAUAAAGAAAAGUGGAGACGACUUUCGACCAGGUCCAGCGUCUAUUCCAGCUUUUACAGCGAUUUUGUUGAAAGACUUUACUCCACUAUCCAAUCAAAUUAUAAAAUUUGAUUCCGUGAAGACAAACAUUGGUGGACACUACUCGACUAGUACUGGAGUAUUUACGCCACCAAGGGACGGACUUUAUAUGAUAUCGGCUACAGUGAGGUCAAACGGUGGACAACAUUUGCAUUGUGAGCUAUGGGUUAAUGAUGCUAUGAAAGAAAAACUCUUUGGUACAAAUUACACGACAGGAACUGCCAACGCCGUCUUAAAACUGAGAAAAGGAGACAGGGUUUUCAUAAAGAAAGACCACCGAAGUGGAGAACAUAUGCUUGGACGUGGUUGGUCGAUGUUUUCUGGUUAUUUUAUUGCAUAAUAGGUCUU